AUCCACACUGGAGAGAAACCACAUAUAUGCACGGAAUGCGGAAAGAGCUUCAGUCGGAGGGCCAAUCUAAAUUCACAUCAAAGGAUCCACACAGGGGAGAAACCAUAUGAAUGCAUAGAAUGUGGAAAGAGCUUCAGUCGUAGCAAUGACCUUAGUUCACAUCAAAGGACCCACACAGGAGAGAAACCAUACAUGUGCAAGGAAUGUGGAAAGAGCUUUAAUCGGAGUGGACAUCUAUAUCGACAUCAAGGAAUUCACACAGGAGAAAAACCUUAUACGUGCAUUGAAUGUGGAAAGAGCUUCAGUGACAGUGGAUCAUAUGGCACACAUCAAAGAACCCACACAGGGGAGAAACCAUAUACGUGCAUGGAGUGCGGAAAAGCCUUCGGUCAGAGGUGCCAACUGCUUUCACAUCAAAGAACCCACACAGGGGAGAAACCAUAUAAAUGCAUGGAAUGUGGGAAGAGCUUCACUUGGAGUAGAGACCUGUGGUUACAUGAAAGAAGCCACACAGGGAUGAAACCAUAUAAAUGCUUGGAAUGUGGGAAGAGCUUUACUCGGAGUGGGCAUCUACGUUCACAUCAAAUAAUCCACACUGGAGAGAAGCCACAUGUAUGCAUGGAAUGCAGAAAGAGCUUCAGUCAGAGCAGUGGCCUUCGUUCACAUCAAAUAACACAUAAAGGAGACAAACCAUAUGUAUGCCUGGAAUGUGGAAAGAACUUCAAUAGGAGUGGACAUCUAUAUCGACAUCAAAGGACCCAUACAGCGGAGAAACCAUAUACGUGCCUUGAAUGUGGAAAGAGCUUCAGUCAGAGGGAGUACCUACAAUCACAUCAAAGGACCCACACAGGGGAGAAACCAUACAAGUGUGUCGAAUGUGGGAAGAACUUCAGUCUCAGUGGAUCAUAUGCUAAACAUCGAAGAACCCACACAGGGGAGAAACCUUAUAAAUGCAUUGAAUGUGGAAAGACCUUUAAUCACAGCAGUAACCUGAGUUCACAUGAAAGAACUCACACUGGGGAGAAACCAUAUAAAUGUAUGGAAUGUGGAAAGAGUCGUAGCAGUGACCUCAGUUCACGUCAAAAUACACACACAGGGAAGAAACCACACAUGUGUAUGGAAUGUGGAAAGAGCUUCAGUCGGAGUGGUCACCUAAAAUCACAUCAAAGGAUUCAUACAGGGGAGAAACCAUAUAUGUGCAUGGAAUGUGGGAAGAGCUUCAGUCACAACGGAAAUCUGCUUUCCCAUCAAAGAACCCACAGGGAGAGAAACCCCAUAAAUGGGGAAAGUGUUACAGUCACAGUUGUUGUCUCCAGCCACGUCAAUGAACUCACAUAGGAACAUGGAAUGUAUGGAAUA